UAUUUUGUUGCUUUACCAAAAAAAAAUCAUAAAAAUCAAAUCAUUAAUGGUUGUCAUGUUCAUCAAAAAUCAUUCCCAACACAUUUCUUCAUUAUCAAAAAAUACAUCAGAACCUUCUGAUUUCGCCGCGUGAAUCUUAUCUCCGUCAACGCCGAUAAAGUCUCCGGUAAAGAAACCACCGCGAUGUCUUUUCUUUUCCGUAAGAACGGAAGUAGUUCACGGAGGAAGAUCAAAGAAAAACUUCGUGGUCGGCACUCAGAUCGCGGUGGAAAAAGAGAAGAAGAUGAGAGAGUCUACGGCGGCUCCGGCUCCGAUUCGUUACCACCACCACCGUCUCCUUGGGGUUUUCUCUUCCCGGAUGAUUUUGUUCGAAUUGACGGAAAUCUCAAAGCUGUUAUUGUAGAUGAUGAAGGAUUAGAUGUAAUUUACUGGAAAAAGCUUCUAGAGUUGGAAAAUAGCGGGAAAAUUAGAAAAAACCCUAAACCUAGAAGAAGAGGAGAUAAAUCCGGUGACGGAUUUAGAAGAACUGGAGUAGAUCAAGACGACGACGACGAUGAUGAUGAAUCUAUCGAAGAGACGUUUUCGUUUCAUACGAAAAAAUCUCAAUCUCCUUCAGGUGGUGAAAUUAGAGAUCAGAGUAAUAAUGGUGGUGGAGGUGGAGGUGGAGGUGGAGGAGGAGGAAGAUAUUAUACUUCUUCUUCUGCUUCACCGUCACGACCUUCUUCUUCUUCUACAUCUGCUGCUUCGCCGUCACGAACUUCUUAUGCUACAAGCGCUGGUAGUGAUUAUGGUGGUGUUGGGAAACAAUCUCAAUCUAAAUUUCAAGCUCCUGGCGGCGGUUCAUUUCCUUCUUCUCCGUCGCAGAUCCAUAGUGGUGGCGGCCGUUCUCCGCCACAUCCGCUUCCUCCGGGGCAAUUCACGGGGGUAAAUGCGUCAUUGUCUACAUCGACACCGCUUCCUCCGGGUCAAUACACGGCGGUAAAUGCGUCAUUGUCUGCAUCGACACCGCUUCCUCCGGGUCAAUUCACGGCGGUAACAGCGUCAUUGUCUGCAUCGACACCGCUUCCUCCGGGUCAAUUCACGGCGGUAAAUGCGUCAUUGUCUACAUCAACACCGUCUGUUCAGCUUCCUCCGGGUCAAUACAUGGCGGUAAAUGCGCCAUUGUCUACAUCAACACCGUCUGUUCCGCUUCCUCCGGGCCAAUACAUGGCGGUAAAUGCGCCAUUGUCUACAUUGACACCGGGUCAAUUCACCACAGCAAAUGCUCCACCGCCACCGCCUGUUCCAGCAAACCAAACUUCACCACCACCACCGCCUCCGGCGUCUGCUGGGGCACCACCUCCACCUCCACCGCCUAAAAAAGGACCUGCUGCGCCACCACCACCUCCUCCACCGGGUAAGAAAGGAGCUGGACCGCCACCACCGCCUCCAAUGUCGAAGAAGGGCCCACCUAAACCGCCUGGUAAUACUAAAGGUCCGACAAAGUCAGGUGAGACUUCAUUGGCCGUAGGCAAAGCUGAGGAUCCGACGCAGCCAAAGCUCAAGCCGCUACAUUGGGAUAAGAUGAACCCUGAUGCGAGUCGUUCUAUGGUGUGGCACCGGAUUGAUGGUGGCUCCUUCAACUUUGAUGGUGAUCUCAUGGAGGCUCUGUUUGGAUACGUUGCUCGAAAACCAAGUGAAUCAAACAGUGUACCGCAGAAUCCGAAUGUCUCAAACAGUGUUCCGCAGAAUCAGACUUAUAUCCUCGAUCCUCGGAAAUCCCAGAACAAAGCAAUUGUGCUUAAAUCUUUGGGGAUGAAUAAGGAGGAGAUCAUUGACUUGUUAACAGAAGGUCAUGAUGCUGAGUCUGAUACCCUUGAGAAGCUUGCAGGAAUAGCUCCAACGCCAGAAGAACAGACAGAAAUCAUAGAUUUCGAUGGUGAACCGACGACAUUGGCUUAUGCAGACUCUCUACUGUUUCACAUCUUACGAGCAGUUCCUUCUGCGUUUAACCGGUUCAACGUCAUGCUCUUCAAGAUUAACUACGGCUCUGAGGUUGUUCAACAAAAGGGAUCUUUACAAACACUUGAAUCCGCGUGCAACGAGCUCCGUGCUCGCGGGCUAUUCAUGAAGCUGCUAGAAGCAAUCUUGAAAGCAGGUAAUAGAAUGAACGCUGGAACCGCGAGGGGAAAUGCUCAGGCUUUCAAUCUGACAGCUCUAAGAAAAUUGUCUGAUGUGAAGAGUGUUGAUGGGAAAACUACUUUACUUCAUUUUGUUGUUGAAGAAGUUGUAAGGUCUGAGGGAAAGCGAGCUGCGAUGAAUAAGAACAUGAUGUCUAAUGAUAAUGCUAGUGCCGAGAAUGCAAAUGUAUCUAGAGAAGAACAAGAGAUUGAAUUUAUUAAGCAGGGUUUACCCAUUAUAGGUGGCCUAAGUUCAGAGUUCACUAAUGUGAAGAAAGCAGCUGGAAUCGAUUACGACUCGUUUGUAGCCACGACCUUGGCUUUAGGCACCCGAGUGAAAGAAACGAAACGCCUUUUAGACCAAAGCAAAGGGAAGGAAGAUGGUUGUUUGACAAAGCUGAGAUCUUUCUUUGAAUCUGCAGAGGAAGAACUGAAAGUUAUUACCGAGGAACAGCUCAGGAUAAUGGAGUUAGUGAAGAAAACCACAAAUUAUUACCAAGCUGGAACCUUAAAAGAGAGGAACCUAUUUCAGCUUUUUGUUAUAAUCCGUGAUUUCUUAGGGAUGGUUGAUAAUGCCUGUAGUGAGAUCGCAAGGAAUCAACGGAAACAACAACAACAACAACGACCUGCAACAACAGUAGCAGCUGGAGCAUCAAGUUCAACAGCAGAAACUCCGAGCGUUGCUGCUGCACCGCAAAGGAAUGCGGUUAGAUUUCCAAUUCUACCUCCAAAUUUCAUGUCAGAGAGUUCAAGGUACAGUUCAUCAAGUGACUCAGACUCAGAAUCUUGAUAUAACCAAAAAAAGAAGAAGAUCAUUUACUUUUGUUAUUAUGUAUAUAGAAUGAUAGGUGAGCUUGUUGGUAAAAAAAUUCUUUAGGUUCUUUUAAUUUUUACUUGUUUUGUUGAUUUUGUUUUGGGUUCAUGGAUUAGUUAAUCCAAAGUUGAAUUCUAUUUUUUUUUUUUUUUGGAAAGACGAAGAAUACAAACAGAAAAAAAACCCAUU